AUGGAGUUCGGUAUAUCCGGAGUCGACUGUAAUGCUUCUAGUUUGGAAGAAAAAACGCGGCGGUGGAGAAAUGACGCUUACUUUAAGAACUUAUACGAAACUGCUGUGUUUUGGGGAAAUAAAGUUAUGACCAUGACAGGCGACUCAAACGACGUGCUUUGGUUGGCGCAAGUGCAUUAUAACAUGGGUCAAUAUGUCAGGGCACUAAAUUUAAUAUGGAACCUUAUAGAUUCGAGCGUUGUAUGCCGAUUUCUAGCUGCAAAGUGUUGCAUUAAAAUGGAGAAGUAUCAAGAAGCAUUAGAUAUUCUUGGUGAUGAAAAUCCAUUUCUUGAUGGAGAUUAUAGUUCGGUUGACAAAAAUGUUGAAGGAGGGAUUAGUCUUGAAGCAUCUAUUUGCUAUCUGCGCGGGGUUGCGUAUUCUCAACAGUCCGACCUAGAUAAUGCCAAAAAAUGGUUUAAAAAAGCGUUGGAAAUAGAUGUUAAAUGUUUUGAAGCAUUUAAUGAACUAGUUAUAAAUCAUAUGAUGACAAGUAAGGAAGAAUGGGACUUUAUUCAUUCAUUAAGGUUCGAUGAACAAUUAGAAAAUGAAGAAGCCUAUUUUAUUAAAAUGAACUAUGUGUCAAUGUUAAAAAAGUUUGAACACGUAGCCGAAAUUCAAGAAGCACGAUCAGAACUGGAAAAUAAAUAUCAUCUUUCAAACAAUGCAGACGUCUUAUUGAGUCGUGCAGAUGAAUUAUAUACACAAUGUCGAUUCAAAGAAUGCCUUGAAGUCACAACUAAAUUGCUUGAACUUGAUAUGUACAACCAAGCGUGUCUUCCUAUCCAUAUUGUAUGUCUCCACGAGUUACGUGAGAAAAAUAGAUUAUUCUUGUUUGCUCAUGAACUUGUUGAACAUUCUCCGGAUAAAGCAGUCACAUGGUUUAGUCAAAAUACAACUAAAAGAUACGUUCUAAACAAUACAAUUGUUAUUAGCAAGGCAUCUACUAUGGAUUCUCAUUAUGGGCCAGCGUGGGUAGGAUUUGGGCAUACUUUCUCUAUAGAAUCAGAGCAUGAUCAAGCAAUAACAGCGUAUUCUACAGCCGCAAAACUAUAUCCAGGUUCACAUCUCCCAACUCUUUUCAUUGGAAUGCAACAUCUUCAAGCCAAAAACCUUUUAUCAGCAGAAGAAUAUUUAUUAACAAGCUCCCAAAUCUGUGAGAGUGAUCCAUUGGUAUUAAACGAGUUGGGUGCGCUAUAUUUUCAAAAACUUCAGUACGAUCAAUCAGUCGAUUACUUUAAAAAAGCACUUGCGAUCGCAGAGGAAACAAAGUGUCGGCCACAAGUAUGGGAAACAAUCUGGGUUAAUCUUGGCCAUGCUUUUAGACAGUUGGGUGAAUUGGAUAUUGCUGAAUCGUAUUUCCAAAAAGUAGUGUCUAUGUCACCACCAAAUUCGGAUGCAUUAACUGCACUAGGAUACAUUUAUCAUGUAAAGGAAGAAUUUGAAGAGGCGGUUAUGUAUUAUCAUGAGGCAUUGGGUAUAUGUCCUUAUGAUCCUAUAACACAUGAUCUUUUGGGAGCAU